CGUUUGAGACGGCUGUGGUCCAUCUCCAGUUUCCGGAAGCUGUCCUCUGCCUCAUCCAAGAAGCCAUGCUUAUUAAAGAGUACCGAAUCUGCAUGCCUCUGACUGUGGAAGAGUACAGGGUUGGACAGCUGUACACCAUCUGCAAGCACAGCCACGAGGUGAGCGACAAGGGCGAGGGCGUGGAGGUGGUGCGGAACGAGACCCACAUCGACCCGGUGCAUGGGCCAGGCCAGCUCACCGAGAAGAGGGUCCACCUGUCCAGUAAACUCCCCACCUGGGCGCGUGCUGUCGUCCCCCGUAUUUUUUACAUCACAGAAAAGGCCUGGAAUUACUACCCAUAUACGAUUACGGAAUACACAUGCUCAUUUCUGCCCAAGUUCUCAAUCCACAUAGAAACGAAAUAUGAGGACAACUGUGGGAGCAGUGAGAAUAUAUUUGGCACAGAAAAAAGCAACUGUGACCAGGAAGUGGACUUCCUAGACAUAGCCUUCGAUGACAUACCAGAAAGGCACUACAGCAGUUCAGAGGAUCCAAGGUGCUUCUCAUCUGUGAAAACGGGGAGGGGCCCGCUGAAGGAGGGGUGGAGGGAGAGCAGCAAGCCGGUCAUGUGCUCCUACAAACUGGUCGCUGUCCAAUUCGAGGUGUGGGGUCUGCAGACCAGGGUUGAGCAGUUUGUACACAAGGUCAUCAGAGAUGUUUUGCUGGUGGGACACAGGCAGGCAUUUGCAUGGGUGGAUGAGUGGUAUGAUAUGACCUUGGAGGAUGUGCGUAAGUUUGAGAGCCAGAUGCACAUUGCGACAAAUCAGAAGGUUGGACACCUUGAAACCUAGCUGGCCUAUAGGCUCCACCCUCUUUUGCCCUUCUUCUUUACAAACGUGUUUAUUAACAAGGUGAGAGAGCGUGAGGAGAGGACCCUGGAGGCCACCAGAGAGCGGUGUGGGGGGGGCGGGGGGUACAUCAUGCCCUUCAUCUCCAACAACAACGCGUCAUGGUCAGUGCCACCACAUGUGGUGCCCCAAGAGCAUCCCAGACCCUCUCGACUUUCCUCGCAAGACCGGCCUCUCCCCCACCCUCCAACCAGAGAGUGAGCCUGCCACAGUCAUGAAGCCCACCCUUUCACAGUAACAU